ACACUAAAGACACAACGAGCUGAAUUUAAGGUGACCAAGUUUUUAUCAGGCUUGAAUGCUGACUUACAGCCUAUGAAGAGUCAGCUUCUUGCUGGAGAGAGAGUUCCUUCUAUGAAUGAAGCAUUUUGUCGGAUUCAACGCAUUGUCCCUCCGUCUUCUACAUCAUCUAAAGAUAAUUCAGCAUUUGUGGCUAGUAGUGGUGUUCGUGGUCGUGGUGGAUUUUCUAAUAGAGGUCGUGGUUUAGGGGGAGGUCGCGGUCGUGGUGGUGGACGUAGUGGACAAAAUUCUGAUCGAGAUAGCCGUCAGUGUAUAUACUGCGACAAAUCUGGUCAUAUUGUUGACACAUGUUGGGCCAAGCAUGGCAAGCCUGAGUGGGCUCAGCGAUUAGUUACUACAAAUGCUGCUAUGUCUGAAGGGAGUGCUGGAAAUGUGUCUUACGGUGACACGAAUCCAUAUAUCCCAAGUGGGGGUAGUUCUUCUGAGUCCGCGUCUCGGGAUGAUAUGGUCGCACAACUCAUCAAGCGUGUCCAACAACUGGAGGCUUCCAAUUUCUCAUCCACUGCCACUCUUGCACGUACAAGACCUUCAGACAAAGAAGAAGAUUGGUGGAGGGCAUGAACAUGAUGGACUCUAUUAUCUGGAUGGUGUCUCCACUGCUGACGCCAAUGGUCUAGCUGCUAGUCCUAUUACCCCCCUAUUAUGGCAUUCCCGUUUAGGGCAUUUAUCUUUAUUUAAGUUACAGCAAAUAAUUCCCGAGUGUAAAUCAAUUUCUACUCUUGAGUGUGAGGCUUGUGAACUUGGGAAACAUCAUCGUAGUUCUUUUCCUAGUCGUAGUGAUUCUCGUGCAUCUACUUUAUUAGAACUUGUUCAUUCGGACAUCUGGGGACCUUCCCGUGUUGCUAAUAGAAAUGGUUUUAAGUACUU